CCUAACGGGACAAGUACCGGGGCCACUCCCGGGAGGGAGCUUAGGAGGGAUCAUAGGACAUUUCCCGAAGAACUGCCAUGUCUGGGAAUACUGCAUCUUCAUCAGAACAGAACAGCUAUGAAACCAAAGCCUCCAAUCUUCGAAUGUCAGAGAAGAAAUGUUCGUGGGCAUCUUACAUGACCAACUCCCCAACUCUCAUCGUUAUGAUUGGCUUGCCAGCCCGGGGCAAAACCUAUGUGUCCAAGAAACUUACGCGCUACCUCAACUGGAUUGGGGUGCCCACCAAAGUGUUUAAUCUUGGGGUAUAUCGGCGUGAAGCAGUCAAGUCCUAUAAGUCCUACGACUUCUUCCGGCACGACAAUGAGGAGGCCAUGAAGAUCCGCAAACAGUGUGCUCUGGUGGCGCUGGACGAUGUGAAGGCGUACCUUACUGAGGAGAGCGGGCAGAUCGCGGUGUUUGAUGCCACCAAUACGACUAGGGAGAGGAGGGACAUGAUUUUGAACUUUGCCAAGGAGAAUUCCUUCAAGGUAUUCUUUGUGGAAUCUGUCUGUGAUGAUCCUGAUGUCAUUGCUGCCAACAUCCUGGAGGUAAAGGUGUCGAGCCCUGACUACCCUGAAAGAAACAGGGAGAAUGUGAUGGAGGACUUCCUAAAGAGAAUUGAGUGCUACAAAGUCACCUAUCGACCCCUUGACCCAGACAACUAUGACAAGGAUCUUUCUUUCAUCAAGGUGAUAAAUGUGGGCCAGCGAUUUUUAGUGAACAGAGUCCAGGACUAUAUCCAGAGCAAGAUAGUCUACUACCUCAUGAAUAUCCACGUGCAGCCUCGCACCAUUUACCUUUGCCGGCAUGGAGAGAGCGAAUUCAACCUCUUGGGGAAGAUUGGGGGUGACUCUGGCCUCUCGGUGCGGGGAAAACAGUUUGCCCAGGCUCUAAGGAAGUUCCUGGAGGAACAGGAGAUAGCAGACCUCAAAGUGUGGACGAGCCAGCUAAAGAGGACUAUCCAGACUGCUGAAUCCCUGGGUGUGACCUAUGAGCAGUGGAAGAUUCUGAAUGAGAUCGAUGCUGGCGUGUGUGAGGAGAUGACCUAUGCGCAGAUUGAGAAGCAGUACCCGGAUGAGUUCGCACUUCGAGAUCAAGAGAAAUACUUGUAUCGGUACCCUGGUGGGGAGUCGUACCAGGACCUGGUGCAGCGGCUGGAGCCCGUCAUCAUGGAGCUGGAGCGGCAGGGCAACGUCCUCGUCAUCUCCCACCAGGCUGUCAUGCGCUGCCUGCUGGCCUACUUCUUGGAUAAGGGUGCAGAUGAGCUACCAUACUUGAGGUGCCCCCUCCAUACCAUCUUCAAACUUACUCCUGUGGCCUACGGAUGUAAAGUGGAAACAAUUAAACUCAACGUGGAGGCUGUGAACACUCACCGUGACAAGCCAACCAACAACUUCCCCAAGAACCAAACCCCUGUAAGGAUGAGAAGGAACAGCUUUACGCCUCUGUCCAGUUCGAAUACAAUAAGGCGUCCAAGAAAUUACAGUGUUGGGAGCCGGCCCCUCAAGCCCCUCAGCCCUCUCCGUGCCCUGGACACGCAAGAAGGGGCCGACCAGCCGAAGACCCAAGUCAGCAUUCCGGUGGUGUAACCGUGUGUCCCCUCCAGGCUUGGCCUCCUGCCCUUGUCUCUAAGCACCAAGGAGUCAUUUAACUUCCAGCCCCCACCCCCAGCACCCCACCAUGGACUUUAACACAGAACGUGAGCUCAUGUGU